UCUUACCGCAUACAUGUCACUGCCCUUUUAGCUUCCGUAUCAGUACUAGAACCUCUAAUUCCUCCAACUAAGCUUAAGAGCUUUGUAUUGAAUACAACCUCGUGAAUGAGUCAAAUUUUAGAUGUUGCUCUCUUCUGUUGCUCCCUGUUGACGUGAUUUCUUGUUGGACGCCCGUGACAAGUCUAUUACAACAGCGUCUAGUCGCGAUUUGUUAGUGAGAGAUAUUUCCUCUUUCCUGUCGUCAGUGUGUUCGAUUGAUUUUAUCGACACGUGUUCAUGUAAAGUUCGUGACUCAAGAUGAUGGCCGUAUUUUCGUGGGAAUCCGAGAAAUGGAAUCAGUGCAUGUGAACAUAAAGAGUUGUUUCUUGUUCCACUAGCAUUCUCUUGAUUUUGAGUACAGAGGUUUUUGGUGUCUUACAAUCUUAUGAAGUGACUAGCCUUUUUGCGUAAAGCGUGCUGCUUAUGGUUUUGUUUUAGAAGCAGCUUCUACUGUUAGGGCGUUAAUUUUGGGAAUUUUCUGCUUUAGAAUUAGCCUAAUGCGUUUCGAGGAAUAGUGUUGUUUUAUUAUCCCUAUCAGCUGUCGAAGUAUCAGAUUGUAAUUGGUUUUGGGGCGUCGAGUUUAGAUAUUUGUGAUGAAAGUUGGGUUUACGGGAGAGGAGAUUUAUUUGUUUCGUGAUUUUUGUGGUAUCAUGUAAUGGAGUACUGGGAACCUGGUAUUUGAUGUACGUACCCGAAAUUGUGCAUUCUGAAAAAUAUGCUUGUUCUGUAAGAAUACAUGGUUGGCCGGGAUAGAAGUUCAAUUGAAGUGGGAGCUAGUGAGUUAUCAAGGUGUUUUAGGGUUUUGGAAAGAGAAUUAUUAAAGGUGGUGGAUAUUGAGGAGAUAUGGGUGAUCGAGCGGCCACAGCCAUGGCCAAUGAUGGCAUGAGCUCAGUUGAAAUGAUGAAGGCUGAACGGGAGGAGAGGAAACUCCGUAUGAAACGUCAGCGGGAAUCAGAACAGGAAAGAACGGGAAAAGUCUCGAAGCCCUUCAACGAACCUCCAAAACCUGUGGACAGGUUGCGCAACGUGGGGCCAUUACCUGAAGGUUGGCUGGAUUGUCCUGGUGCUGGCGAUCCCAUAUGUAACUUGAUUCCAUCCAAAGUGCCUCUAGGGGAGACCUUCAAUGAGUUGUUAGAUGCAGGGAAAAGAUACUCUCGACGGCAUGUAGUUAGGCAUCAACAAGCUGUGGGGCGUAAGAUCGGACUUGUCAUUGACCUGACCAAUACAUCUCGUUAUUAUAACUCAAGCGAGUGGACUAAUGAUGGAGUGAAGUAUGUGAAGGUGGCUUGUCGAGGACGCAAUGAGGUUCCGGAUCCGGAAUCCGUGAACACAUUUGUAUUUGAGGUGAUGCGAUUCUUCUCGAAUCUGCAUGCUAAAAAUGAUACCACUGGGAACAAGUUUGUACUAGUGCACUGCACCCAUGGACACAACCGUACUGGUUUCAUGAUUGUUCAUUACCUCAUGCGCACCAAUAAUUGCAGGAGUGUAGAGGAGGGUGUUCGUAUGUUUGCCAAAGUAAGGCCCCCAGGCAUAUACAAGCAGCACUAUAUUGAGGAUCUCUACAAAUUUUAUCAUGAGCCAAUGCCACAGCCUCUAGUUUGUCCUUCUACUCCAGAGUGGAAAAGACCCGAAACUCCUGAUCUGAACUGUGUCGCUACAACUGAUCCAGAUGAAGAUGAUGAGGAGGAUUUCAUGGCUGCUCUUCAGUUCACGGAGGAGAAACCAGCUGCUGCUCCAAUGACAAACGAUGAUGUGCUUGGGGAUGCUAUACCUGAUGAUCAGCAGCGAGAAAUGCAAAAGUUAUGCUAUUGGGCCGUUGGUGUGCCUGUUCCGCAAGGAUAUGGGAUGAGCAAUUUACGCUUUCCAGGAUCUCAGCCGGUGUCCUUGGAUAGAAAGAAUUUGCAGCUGCUGAGGCAGAAAUAUUACUAUGCCACAUGGAAGGCAGAUGGAACUCGGUAUAUGAUGUUAAUAGCAAGAGACGGAGUGUAUUUAAUCGACCGAAACUUCAGGUUUCGGCGGGUUCAGUUGCGAUUCCCUCUUAAGGGACAAGUCGGAAAGGAUGCUUUGGCCCCUACUCAUCAUUUAACAUUAAUGGACGGUGAGAUGGUGAUUGAUAAGCUGCCUGAUGGACAGCUGAAGAGGCGAUAUCUGGUGUAUGAUCUGAUGAUGGUCAAUCAUCAGACUAUCUCAAAGUUGCCGUUCAACGAGAGGUGGAGAAUGAUCGAAAAAGAGGUGAACGAGCCUCGUCUACAUGAACUAAAUGUUCUUCGAGGAAGGUUGUAUGAUUACCAGCAAGAGGCCUUCAGUGUGAGACGGAAGGAUUUUUGGAUGCUGUCUGCUACAGAGAAGAUCUUGCAUAAGUUCAUCCCACAACUUUGUCAUGAAGCCGAUGGACUAAUUUUGCAGGGCUUUGAUGAUCCGUAUGUGCCCCGUACUCAUGAAGGUCUUCUCAAAUGGAAAUACGCCCACAUGAACUCUGUUGAUUUCAUGCUGAAGAUUGCACCAAAUGGGAGCAAUUAUUCUUUAAUGCUGAUGGAUUCUGGCAAGCUUAGGCAGCUUGACCAUGCUAAGGUGGUGUUUCCAGAGGGCGCAGACGUUCAAAGCAUGGCGAACAAAGUGAUUGAAUGCAGUUACGAUCCAGAGUUGGAAACUUGGAAUUAUAUGCGUAUGCGUCCUGACAAGGAGACGCCUAAUGCAUAUCAUGUCUACCUUAAGGUGAUGGGUAGUAUCAAGGACAAUAUAACCGAAGAAGACUUGCAGAAGGAGUUCCAGGAAAUUCUAAAAUUACCUUUAUACACGCAUCGGAUAGCCCGGGAUAACCAGGCAGCUCAUCAUGCACAACAAGCGCGGAGAAAGUAGUGGGUAUCUGGACGGUCAAUUUCUGGACGGUGCUGGUAGACACAUGUACAUAUUUGAAAUUGGGUUGGAUUAGCUUUGAUCUCUUAUUGUGAGGUUGAGCUUGUGCAUUACAUUGUAGGCACUGCCACAUUUAGUAUGGUGUUUUAGGUACGCCCACUAUGUUACACACUUACCCCUCUCAUUGGUAUUACUCUAAAAUAUGUAGAGCUUCACAGUGUAAUAUAGUAUGGUCAUUGCUUACCUGCACAGUACACUUGAGGCUGUCAGAACUCCCAGCCCUAGGUAUCAUGUCUUAUUGGCAGUCAAUAUGGGAAAGGCUGGAGGGUCUAUACGUGAUACGAUCCUGGCUUUUUAUUAUACCAGGAUGUAUUAUGCUUUGGCUCGUAUUCUUGUUGAA